AUGGGAUUUGGACUACCUGGACUAAGCCGUUGGAUUCUGCCUCUACUAUUGGUACUCUUGUUUGUGAUAUUGGCAGCUCGCCUAACUCACAAUCUGCCCAAGUAUCGACAAGGACUGUCCGGGAGCACUCCUCAUAGGCCUAGCUACGGUGGUCGCCUUGACGGUGUGUGCUCCGCGGACGGCGACUAUAAGCAUCAGAAUAGUCGUUUCGGUGUGUUCAUGCGCGACAUCGUUGACAAAGCUCAUGCUAGCGCUUCUUAUCUAUACCAGGGCGGGUUCAAGUUCGUCACUGAUGGGUGCAACAGGGACUUGGUCAAGACCUCGUAUGGUUUCAAGUACGAGGCGUCUGCACCAGGUGGAUCAUGCCUCUGGGGAAACACGCCUCCUCUCAAACUGCUACCGGUCGCUGCCCUAGCCGAAGCCUUGAACGUUACCACAAUCAUCGAAUCGGGGCGACGUGGAGGCGCUUCUGCUUUGGCUUACCACCAGCUUGGCUUCCAUGUCAUUAGCGUUGAGUUUGACCCCAUUCAAGAGGUCGAGGAUGCCCUGCGUGAGAUCGCCCCCGACAUCGAGCUGAUAAACGGCGAUGCGAUGGUUGAGGUUCCGCGCAUUCUUGAUCGUCUUCCUGCGCAUGAGGCCGUCGGUGUGGUUAUAGAUGGUCCGAAGCUUCAGCCUCAGUUGGACUUGUGGACGGCCAUAAAAUCUAGGGUUCGUUUUGGUGCCUUGGAUGAUGUCAAUUCCACGCCGGGUAAGUAUCGACGGCAUCAGAAGAACGUCAUGAAGACGUACCACCCAUACUGGUCAACAAGCGACGAUGCCUACAUGAAUACACAGGCACCAAAAGACAUUCGGUGGAGUGAUGCCCAGGCUACCAGUCUUGGUAUCAUGCGCGAUUUCGCCCGUGUGAUUUUGGGUGUAUCAUCGAAGGACAACUGUCUCCGUCGGAGCGAGUGCAGUACCGAGCUUGGCAUGGCGUUUUUGUUGGGUGGCAUGAUGUGUGAAUUACCCUGGUCGAUUUUGUUCCGCGUUUGCUAUCUUAAAUUGGCAUACAAGGUGUAUGUAAAUGUGAUGCCCAGAAGAACCGAAUUAAUGCUAGUGGUGUCCAAAACAACUCUUGCUGAAGUUUAA